CUCACAAAUCCAAAACAAUCCAUGCAUAUCCAAAGUCAACCGGUCACCAUGCAACACAACAAGACAAUAGUACAGAAAUUUCUCACAAAUCUGUUUUCGUCCAAAGGCAACCAACAAGAUGAAAGUUGUUUCUGCUUUUCUCCUUCUCUUUGCCUCCAUGAUGGCCGUUUUGGCCCAUGGGAGCCUGCGUAGCACCACUUCAAACUCCCCACAAUCGAAGAAUGAUGGUCAAGCUGGCCGUGAGCUGUUCAUUGGUGGCAUGAUUGAUAACGCCAAGGAUGCAGUUGGAAAUGCGGUUGAUAGAGCUAAGCAGGCAGUUUCAGAUGCCAUGGAGUCAGUUUUUGCACAGAUGAUGCCUACGCUCAAGGACGAACUUGGCAGUGUCUUCAUUGAGGAGCUUGGGAAUCACAUGGAUCCGUUUUCUCUCAAUGGGCACACUCAGACAUACGAGUUGGAGGAUCUAGCCGAUCUAGGCAACUGCACUGCUAAUGGCACCGUUGAUGUUUCCAUCACUGAAAUUUCUGGAACUAGUAGCCUCAAAUUCAACAGUAUCAGCAUGGAAGAAACACCAACCUACACUGCCACCAACUACAAGGUGAAAUGGGAAGGCGCAACCUUUGAGAUUGAGACUGAAAUUGAAAAGAUUGAAGUAAACGGUACGUACACACUAACAAUCACUGACUGUGGCUUGUCCGUGGAGACAUCCACCACUGGUUCUGUGGAGAUCACAGGCAUCAAAGCAACCUUUGAGGUGGAAGUGGAUGGUUUCUCCAAGUACACUGGAGAGACCCAUAUCACUGACUAUGAGGUCAAAGACUUUGAAAUUGAUACAUCAGAAGCAACUGUGAGUGGAGACACGACUAUUUCCACUACUGUGUCUACAUCCAACGGGGACUACAACAUCACAGCCGACAUCUCUGACUCGGUGGAGUCCUUUGUGGAUGACGAGUUGGAAGGAACUCUCAAGGAUGUUGCUUUGACCUUGAUGAAUGAUCUUGCUGGUGACUUCCUUCCCGUGGUGAUUGAUUCUAGCGCCUUCGGUGUUUCAGCUUGAGAGAGCAAAGCACUGCUCUUACCUGAAGACCCAUUUCAAAAAAACACAAUACAAUGCAUGUACCAGGUAGUAGAUCAAGAAAGAAGAACCAAUAGUUAGUUGGACUCAAGGAAAACAACAUAAAAACUAGUAGCUAGCAGAUGGAAGU